GCCCAGCAGCACAGGCGCAUUUAUAUGAGGAGCCGCGAGGCUAACAGAUCAUCAGAACCGCUCGCGCGCUCUCUCCUACGCCCCGCCACACACGCAGCGACGAUGGUUCUGGAGGAAAAUGCACCGAUCUGACGCUGACCUUCGAGGCUCCGCGCCGACGGGCUGUCGCCUCCGCCCCACGCAGCGCCUGCUGAUCUCUCUCGAAAACGCAGGUGCUCCGGCCGCGCUCUGAUUUCCCUUUUUCCUUUUUAAAUCAAUCACGACCCGAGGCAGAUGCACCUCGCUCUGUCAGCCCGGCUCGUACUAUGGUGGAGUUUCCAUCCCUCAGUCCUUACUGGCCCCUCAUCCGGUUCCUGGUGCCUCUGGCGAUCACCAACGUUGCCAUCGACCUCGGGGAACAGGCUCUCAAUCGAGGAAUAGCCACAGUCAAAGAGGAUGCGGUGGAAAUGCUGGCCAGCUACGGCCUGGCCUACUCCCUGAUGAAGUUCUUCACCGGCCCCAUGAGCGACUUCAAGAAUGUGGGCUUGGUGUUCGUCAACAGCAAGCGGGAUCGGAGGAAAGCCAUCUUCUGCAUGCUGGCAGCUGGCGUCAUCGCCUUCGUCCUGCACAUCUUGAUCGCCUACACAGACCUGGGAUACUACAUCAUUAAUAAGCUCCACCAUGUGGACGAAUCUGUGGGGCGGAAGACGAGACGGGCCUUCUUGUAUCUGGCGGCGUUCCCUUUGCUAGAUGCGAUGGCAUGGAUUCAUGCAGGGAUACUCCUCAAGCACAAGCACAGCGUCAUUGUCGGCUCUGCCUCUAUUUCGGAUGUGGUGGCCCAGAUCGUGUUUGUGGCCAUCCUCCUGCACAGCAACCUGGAAUGCGUGGAGCCUCUGCUCAUCCCCAUCCUUUCCCUGUACAUGGGUGCCUUGGUCCGAUUCAGCAUCGUCGGUCUGGGUUACUACUGCAACAUUCACGACAACAUCCCAGACUCCAGCGGGCUCGACGUGGGGGGCGACGCCACCAUCAGGAAAAUGCUCAACUUCUGGUGGCCCCUGGCCCUCAUCCUCGCCACGCAGCGAAUCAGUCGACCCAUCGUUAACCUCUUUGUGUCGCGUGACCUCAAGGGGACCACGGAUGCCACAGAGGCGGUGGCCGUGCUCACAGCCACAUACCCCGUAGGUCACAUGCCGUACGGUUGGCUAACCGAGCUGAGAGCCGUGUACCCGGCCUUCGACAAGAACAACCCCAGCAACAAGCUGAACGCCGGCAGCCCCGUCAACAAGACCCACAUCAUGAAGUUUACCUUCUGCUGCGUGAUCCUAUCGCUCACGCUUUGCUUCGCGCUGUUCUGGACUCCUAACUUGUCGGAGAAGAUCCUGGUGGACAUCAUUGGGGUGGAUUACGCGUUCGCUGAGCUGUGCGUGGCGCCGCUCAGGAUCUUCUCCUUCUUCGCUCUGCCAGUGACCGUUCGGGCUCAUCUGACCGGAUGGCUCAUGACCCUCAAAAAGACUUUUGUCCUGGCGCCCAGCUCAGUUCUGCGCAUCAUCGUCCUCAUCGCCAGCCUGGUGGUGCUGCCGUAUCUGGGGGUUCACGGAGCCACGCUUGGAGUCGGAUCUCUGCUAGCAGGGUUCGUCGGAGAGUCAACAAUGGUUGCCAUAGCGUCGGGCUACGUUUAUCGACAGCAGAGAAACAACGAGAUGUCCAAUGAGCUGGUGGUAGAGGCCGAAGACUCCGCCCCCAUGAGCGAGUCCUGCUCCAGGGCCCAGAUGGACGCGAUCCAGGAACUCCAGGAGGACGAAGAGGAGCAGGAGGAGUGAGCUCUGUAUGCUUUCUGCAGAUUUAAAGGGCCUCGGCCACAACUUAAACGCACAUUGUAAAGAAAGCCAUGCACCUCCGACAAACAAAACUUCAUCCGUCUGUUGUAAAUGCCGUCGCGUCUUCCGACAUUUCUCUCAGUUUCGAAUCAGCAUUUUUUAUGUUUAUUGGUAAAUGAGGGAAACGGAAGCUCUUCUUCCUCUGUGGUUUAAAAACGACGUCCGUGGAGUGGUAGUGGAGCUGCCAAAAAUCCAGAAUUUUUGUUGAGACUAAAUGCAAGGCCUUUGCUUGAGUUUAAAUAGUUCUGGGACUUGUUGGGUUGUGCAAUUGUAAUUUACAUUCAAAGGUGUACAGAUUGUUGUUGUUUUAUAUAGGUAAUGCAUUGUGUAUUUAAUUGCCUGGAGGGGUCGGGAAUCCCUCGCUCUAUCACUGCGUGUUAAAAUACAACUGUUCACUUUUCCAUGCAGUCUGGUGGUCAGAUUAUUUUUUUUUUCCCCAAAAACAUUUUCCUGCUAGUUUUCAGACGGUCGUAUGUACUGUAUAUACUGUAUAGGCAUUCCUAUUAGACAAAUAAAUAGCUUUAUUAUUAA